CUUGGUUUCUACGCCUGUGCUCGUUCAGGGUUACGGUCGUUUACGUUUGCCGUGUGUCCUCCUCUCCAGCUGUUGAGCUGUUGUUGCAUUUCGUGCCUGUCACAACACCGCGUUGUCGUGGCGAUGAUUCAAGUUUGUCGUCCUUGCUUUGACCCUGUAUGGUGGGCCUGCUCAACUCUGUGAGGGCCACGUCGCUGUUCACUCCCCGUCUCACCGCCACUCUCUGUGGAGCGUUAUACAGCCGGAAUGAGUUCAGGAAACCAAAUAAUUACAUAUCCAUCUCCCUCAGGGCUGAAGAGCUCACUCUUUGUUAAUAGCAGCACAGUCAAUUGAGAUUUAGGGGAAAAACAAAAAAUGAAUGGGCAAUGAUUCUGUUUUCCCGUCAGUAUGGGAUGCAUUGCUGUGCCUGGCAGAGGUUGUUGACAUCUCCUCGCUACGACAUGCUCUCAGAGACGCCAUCCGGGGGCUGUUGCCCUGCGUGGAGUGUGUUUGUGUGUACAUGCUGGAGGGGGACUCGAGGCUGCAGUGUGAUGACCCGAGCCAUGAGCUGCCGAAGCAGGGGAAGAUCAGGGACAUGUUGGGUCAGUUGAAGAGGUGUGUGUGCGCCGGACUGCCUCCUUCAGAGCUGCACGAGAAACACAGAAGCAGCAUCGGAGCUCCCCUCCCGUCACACAGACGAGCUGUGGUUAUUCCUCUGCUGGACCAGGGUGUGGUCAUAUCAGUUAUACUGGUGGGCUGCAAACCGCUUAGUGCUCAAGAUGAGCAGCACCUCAACACACUGGAGAAACAUGCGGCAGUAGCAUGUAGGAGGGUACGGACCUUGCAGUCAGCCAAUCAGAAGUCUCUCGUCAGUGUAUCACAGAGCCCCCCCCACAAUGCACCACUCCGGUCCGACCCUACAGACCACUGUGAACUGGACCGCAAGAUUCUACAGCUGUGUGGUGAGCUGUAUGACCUUGAUGCAACUACCCUUCAGCUCAAAGUCAUCAAUUAUUUGCAACAACAGACCCAGUCUCAGUGUUGCUGUCUGUUACUGGUAUCCCAGGACAACCAUCAGCUCUUCUGUCAGGUGGUUGGAGACAAAGUCCUGGAGGAAGAGAUCAGCUUCCCUCUGAUGUUUGGGCGUUUCGGCCAGGUGGUGGAGAAGAAGAAAUCCAUCACCUUGCAGGACGUGAGUGUGGAGGAGCGCAGACAAUUGUCCAGUAUGUUGGGUCGGGAGGUGUCCUCUAUGCUGUGUGUCCCUGUGGUCAGCAGGGCAACGGGUCAGGUGGUGGCUCUGGCCUGUGCAUUCAACAAGCAGGGAGGACAGCGUCACACGGAGGAGGAUGAACACAAGAUCCAGCACUGCUUCUGUUACACCUCCACGGUCCUCACAUCAACGCUGGCCUUCCAGAAGGAACAGAAACUCAAAGUGGAGUGCCAGGCGCUGUUGCAGGUGGCCAAGAACCUCUUCACUCAUCUGGAUGAUGUAUCGGUGUUGUUGCAGGAGAUAAUAGUGGAGGCAAGGAACCUUAGUGAUGCAGAGAUUUGCUCUGUGUUCUUACUGGAUCAAGUGAGUCAUGAACUGGUUGCCAAGGUGUUUGACGGGGGCGUGGUCAGCGACGAUGAGAAGGAGUUCCGUAUCCCUGCGGACCAGGGCAUCGCGGGUCACGUAGCUAUGACUGGGCAGAUCCUGAACAUUAAGGAUGCAUACUCUCAUCCUCUGUUCUACCGGGGAGUGGAUGACAGCACUGGCUUCAGAACACGGAACAUCCUCUGUUUCCCUAUCAAGGACGAGAACAACGAGGUGAUUGGGGUGGCUGAGCUGGUCAAUAAGACCAAUGGGCCCUGGUUUAACCGCUUCGACGAGGACCUGGCCACUGCCUUCUCCAUCUACUGCGGAAUCAGCAUCGCACACUCUCUCCUCUAUAAAAAGGUCCAUGAGGCUCAGUUCAGAUCCCACCUGGCCAACGAAAUGAUGAUGUACCACAUGAAGGUCUCAGAAGAGGAGGUCACCCAACUGUUGGUGAAUGGGCUGGAGCCAGUGUCUGAGAUUCAUCCCUCAUUUGCAGAGUUCACUUAUACACCUCGCUCCCUGCCAGACGACAACACACCCAUGGGUAUCCUGAGUAUGUUUGAGGACAUGGGAUUCAUCAAUAACUAUAAAAUUGACCGGCACACUCUGGCCAGGUUCUGUCUGAUGGUGAAGAAGGGUUACAGAGACCCACCCUAUCACAACUGGACCCAUGCCUUCUCAGUCUCUCACUUCUGUUACCUGCUGUAUAAGAACCUGGGCCUGGCCAACUACCUCGAGAAUAUAGAGAUUUUCGCUCUCUUUGUCUCCUGUAUGUGCCAUGACCUGGACCACCGCGGCACAAACAACUCUUUUCAAGUGGCCUCACAAUCUGUCCUGGCUGCCCUCUACAGCUCAGAGGGCUCUGUGAUGGAGAGACACCACUUUGCCCAAGCCAUAGCCAUUCUGAACACCCACGGCUGCAACAUCUUUGACAAGUUCUCCAGAAAGGACUACCAAAGGAUGUUGGAUCUGAUGAGAGAUAUUAUCCUGGCCACUGACCUUGCUCACCACCUUCGCAUCUUCCCCGACCUGCAAAGGAUGGCUAACGCUGGCUACGACCCCAAGAAUCAUAACCACCGUUCUCUACUGCUGUGCCUGCUAAUGACCUCAUGUGACCUUUCGGACCAGACCAAGGGCUGGAAGACUACCCGCAAGAUUGCUGAGCUGAUUUAUAAAGAGUUCUUCUCACAAGGGGAUUUGGAGAAGGCAAUGGGGAAUCGUCCCAGCGAGAUGAUGGACAGAGAGAAGGCCUACAUCCCAGAGCUGCAGAUCAGUUUCAUGGAACACAUCGCCAUGCCCAUUUACAAGCUGCUGUCGGAGCUGUUACCAGGGGCAACUGAGCUAUAUGAGCGUGUAGCGACCAAUCGAGUGCAGUGGACCAAAGUCUCACACAAGUUCACUGUCCGUGGGUUGCCAAGCAACAAUAGCCUCGACUUCCUGGACGAAGAGUAUGAGCUGCUGCAGUCACAGGGUGCGCUAGGAGAUGACAUCGAUACCCAGUGCGAUGAUGCCCACUGCAUUAACGGCUGCUUGGGCGAUGGAGAUGGGGGGAGGGGCCAGUGACCACACCAACCAAUGAAAGUGGAGCAAGCAAUGUCUCUAGGCCAAUAAAAAAAACAAGGAAAAGAUUAUCUUUUCACGUCCUCAGAUGUAGACGGCGAGACACUGAGACGGUUUGACUUACAGCUGUCAAUCCCUGAGGCUGAACAAGGCCGAUGUAGUGAAAGUAGGAGUGACGAUUCGGAUGAAUCGUUUCAGAGGACCGUCGAUUCAGACUAGUCGAUUCAAACAAUUCCUGUAGAUGAUAAAUGUGGCUUAUCUACCGUGAGGAAAGCAUAGAGUAGUUGUGACUUUGUCCUUUCUACAAAGCACUGGAAAUGGUCAUUUACAUAACGAGGUCUACACUCAUGUUCUUCUGAGUUUCUACUUUACACCGACUAACAAACACGCCACAGAACUCUGCCCACAUCAUAAUUUCAUCUAGUGCUAAUUUUUUAAGAACUGAAAGCUGUGUGCUAAGGACAGUUUAGAACCACAACCCGUUGGUUUAUUUUGCUUUUUUUCUUGUUUUAAGGUCAUCUGAAUCCCUUCCAUUCAGCCCACGCACACCCUACUCAGCUGCUAUAUCACUCAUAUGACUGCUUAUUUGUGCUGUAUGUACAUCUGAUGUGUUUCUCCUGUUAUAUCUUUUUUGUGGCUUAGGCAUCGUGUAAGUCUUUAGUUUGCCUAAUAUUAUAUACCACACGUGUAUUUGUAAGUAUAUAUUAACCCCUAUUAUUAAUUAGUGGUUAUUGAGGGAAACUGUACCUGUCGUGUCAGCUUAUGGAAGUGUAAGCAUACUUUCUGAGACAGGGACAAUGACAAUCAAUGAUCACUAAUUAGUGUCAUCCUCGUUUGCCAAAAUGUUCUCCACGAUCACACACACACCUGCACACACACACCUGCACACACACAUGCACACACCAUUUUAACCUUCAUAACAAGAGCUACUAAUGGACUAGAAUCUAUAGAUACUUUUUAAAAAUUGUAUUCUGUUCUCUUUCUCUCUCCAAAGGGUCAGUAUACCCUCUUGAAACACAUUUAAUAGAGUGCAAAUGAAGCCCUUUAAGUGAUCCAGCGUCAUCAUACCCGUGCGUUAGCCUGCGCGUGCGCGUUUGCGUGCGCUCGGACCGUCAGUGUGUGUCGCACGGAUCUGCCUUAUUGCGCAUCUAUGCGGCCUUUCUCAGUGCUUACAAUGUUCACCCAUAGAAACACGCAGACAUGGAUCAUGCACUAUCAUGAAGCGACCAAGGCUAUCAAUGUUUGUGUGUGGGUGUGUUUGGUUGCGUUUGUAUGUGAGAGAGAGUUUUCACUGUCUCUGAACUCUACAUGUAUCACUCAGCUUCAAUCAAACAGUCAUCUGAUAAUGUGCGGAACCACUGCUCAGUGAAGCCACAGCAGAACCUCAUUCUCAGACGACUGCUGACGGGAGACAGGAGACCAAAUUAAUUGUCAUUUUGUCUGUCUGUGGAAGUUUUAGGCCAUAUAUGGGAAUAUACUGUUCCUUAAGAGGGCAUAUAGCUGAAUAUAUUUAUUAUAAAUGAACCGCCAGUAAUGGUAGGUGACUGGGGCAUACUACAAGCGAAUAUUUUUCAGUGGGGUAUGAGUGCAUAUAUUUGGUAGAUGAUUCUCCCUCAGGAUGUCUGUGUCUGAUGUCACCGAUUUUGACUUUACAUGUUAUACAGAUUCCCACUGUUGACAUUCAGGUAGGCUAGUGAUUGAAAGCCUCUCUUUAGUGCGUGACCCCUUAUAAACACAGAUUAAGUUCUGGUUUGACCAUGUUGUUUUUGUUGUUGAUUUCCUCUUUUCAAUUCCAGAUCUGCCUUCUUCAUGUGCAAUAUGAGCUUCUGUGUUAAUGAUAAUGCAUAAACUCUGAUGUAAAUACAGACUUAUCUUAAAUUAUAACUUUGGAUAUAAUUUUGUUUUGUGCUAGUGUCAGCAAGUCAGGGCUCAAUCAUUUGACAAAUCCCCCCCCGUCUGCACAGAAAUGCAGGAUUCUUACCUGUGAUGUCAUUGUUCGACGUGGCAUAGGCUAUAUAUAAAUGCUGUAAAUAACAGUUUAUGAAGUGUAACUUGAUUCUAUGUCAUUAUUACAAUGAGGACCAUUUUCAUUAUUUUGAGUAUUUGGUGGUGGUUGUAUUUGAAUCCUCUUGUUCUCAGUUUCAUUGUGUUGUUUCAGAACCCAAAAUCUGUACAGCUCAGAGGGAUAAAACCAAAAUUCGACAUCAUAAAAGUGAUACUAAUUAUGACAGCUAAAACAAAGACUGAUAAAAUCUUUUGUUUCUGUUGUAGGUGUAGAAGGUAAAAGUGGUCUGCGUGUGUGUCCUCAAACCACUGUAUAAACAGACUAAUACAGAGAUCCAGUAGACUUUGAAAGAGGACAAACUGACUAAGUUACUAUUUCUUGGAAUAAAUUUGGUUAAAUGA